AUGUCAGGGUCAAGAUAUAAACGGUUAACUGAAGAAUAUUUUCCAAACAGAACACAUAUUAGUAUUUUCUUCCCUUUUGUUUUCAUUGCUUUUAUAUUUUGCUGGCUAGCGCAAUCGAUAUUUACAGUGCAAUCAACUGUGAUCCUUCUCUUGCCAGCUAAAACGCCUCGGGCUGUGGUUUCGGCAAACUACGGUUGUCGCUUCGCUGUGGGUCACCUCGGCGUGUCUUUCAAGAUAGUUCUUUGUUACCUUAUCUAUCUCGGUGUCUGUCUUUUUCUUUCUUUCUUUCUUACGUGGCUCGUCACCACGUCUCUCCUUUUCCUUCUUUUUUCUCUCCUUCCUUCCUUUCUUUUUCUUUCUUCAUUUCUUUCAUACGUACCUGACACAUCACCAUGUCUCUCUUUUACCUUCCUUCCUUCCUUCCUUCCUUCCUUCCUUUCUAUAAUUUUUUCUUUCUUUCCUGGUUCAUCAUUAUGUCUCUUCUUUUCCUUCCUUCCUUUGUUUCCUACCUGGCCUAUUGUCAUUUUUCUUUCUUUCUUUGUUUUUCGUUUGGCCCAUAACAAUUUUCUUUCUUUCUUUCUUUCUUUCUUUCUUUCUUUCUUUCUUUCUUUCUUUUGA